GCGAGUGGGCCGGGCGGAGGGCCGGGCCAGAAAGUUGCAGCGCGCAGGAGGGCCCAGGCGAGGGGGCCGAGGCGCGGGCCGGGGGCGCAGCGGGUGCGGGAAGCGGGGCCGGCCCCGCGGGGGAGGAGGCCCGGAGGAUGCGGGCAGGGGGCGGCCGCGCAGGGGGAGGAGACCGGCACGGCUAGGGGGGGGAGCGGGCCGGAGGGGGCGGGCCGGAGGGGGCCAUCGGGCGCCCCAGCAACAUGGCCUCUUUCCCCGCCGAGGCGCACGGGCCGGGCGAGGGCGCGGCGGCGGUGCGUAAAGUUGUGCCAAGUUCGGCGGCGGCGGCGGCGGCGGCGCCUCCUGCUGCUCCUGCCGCUGCCGUCGGGGCGGCGUCGUCGUCGUCGUCGGGGGCUCCUUCGCCGCCGCGCUUCUCGGCCGAGCAGGUCUCGUGCGUGUGCGAGGCGCUGGUGCAGGCGGGCGACCCGGGCCGGCUGGGCCGCUUCGUGGGCUCGCUGCCGGCCGAGGCGGAGCUGGAGCUGGAGGCGGCGGCGGCGUCGCCGGGGGAGUCGGCGGGCGAGAGCGUGGCCAAGGCGCGCGCGCUGCUGGCCUUCGAGCGGGGCGACUUCGGCGAGCUGUACCGGCUGGUGGGCAGCCGGCCCUUCGGCGCCGCGCACCACCCGUUCCUGCAGGACCUGUACCUGCGCGCGCGCUACCGGGAGGCGGAGGCGGCGCGGGGCCGGGCGCUGGGCGCCGUCGACAAGUACCGGCUGCGCAAGAAGUUCCCGCUGCCCGCCACCAUCUGGGACGGCGAGGAGACCGUCUACUGCUUCAAGCGCCGCUCCCGCGCCGCCCUGCGCGACUCCUACGGCCGCAGCCGCUACCCCAGCCCCGAGCAGAAGCGCCGCCUGGCCCGCGACACCGGCCUCUCCCUCACCCAGGUCAGCAACUGGUUCAAGAACCGGCGGCAGCGCGACCGCGGAGGAGGAGGAGCGGCAGCGGCCGGAGGAGCGGCCGCCGCCCCCUUGGGCACGCCCGGCAAGAGCGAAUCGGACGGUCAUCCCAGCACGGAGGAUGAGUCCAGCCACGGCCCCGAGGAAACCGAUGCGGCCACGGGGGUUCCAGCCACGCCCGAAGGGAUCCCCGCCUCCAGUAGCCUCUUCCUGCCGGCGGCCUGCUCCAGUGCGUCCUCCAUCCUUCUGAAUGGCAACUUCAUCACCGCCAGCUCCCCGACCAUGCUGCUCAACGGGGGCUCGGUCAUCCAGACGCCCGGCGGAGGUGUGAUCCUGAAUGGGCUGGCUCUAGGGGAUAACCAGACCCUGACUCUCAGCCCUGUGGCAGCACCGAGUCCACCCGUGCUCCUGAACGGUUCCACGACCCUUGUGAGCGGCAGAACUCCCGCGGCCAGCGGCCAGGAGGUCCCCACGGCUCCUCUGGAGCCCUUCCCCCCGACCGCCAUCAUCCUUGGCCCCACAACUCUUCCAGAGGAGGUGAAGUCCGAAGCGGCCGAGUCGUUGGCCUUUGGCUUAGAAGUGAAGUCCGAGGUCAGGCCGGUGGCCCACCCACCGCUUCCGUCUCUGCCGAACGCCUCGACGCUCCUGUCUGACCACAAGGGCGCCUUGCUGACGGCCGUCCCCAUGUCCCAGAUUGUCCCAACCACUGAAGACGCCCCUUCAGCCAUUCCGCUGCCCCCAGCCGCUCAGCUGGUAUCUCCAUCCAGCCCCCAGAUGGUCCCUCUUGCGAAACUCGUCCCUGGCACUCAAGCCUUGUCCAACCCCCAGGUGGCCGUGGCAACGGUCGGCGGGCAGGUUGCUAUGCCAACAGCACCUCCAGUGACCGCAGCUACGCCCCUCCUUUCCAUUCCGGGCUCCUCUCCUGGCCAGGCCGCCGUCCUCCACGUCCCUGCUCCGUCUCUGCUCCCCCUGGCCCAAGUUUCGCCCCCCUCCCAAGUCGUGCCUUUAUCCCAGCCUGUUUCAGCCUCCCAGGUGCUUUCACCUUCUCAGAUGGUGCCCGUGUCCCCCACCCAGAUUUAUACAGUGCCCCAGGGGGGCCCCGGCCCUCAGCUCAUCUCCUUCCCUCAGGUCGCCCAGGGAUCCCAAAUUAUCUCCCUGCCCCAAGUGGUGCCCUCCUCGCAAGUCGUGACAUUACAACAAGGCAUGGGCAGCCCGAUCCAGAUCCUGACGAGUGCCGCCCCCAUCAAGGUGGCCGGGGCGCCGCAGGCACCGGCGUCGGGGGGAGGCCUCGCCCACAGCAACGUGCAUCUCAUCAAUGCCAACAUGAGCAUGACGGCUCUUCAGCUUCCGGGCACCACACCAGGGAAUAUCCUCUUGACCAACCCGGCGACGGGCAGCAGCACCAUUGUUACGGGCAUGGCUCUGCAACAGGGCAAGCUCAUCCUGACGGCCACCUUUCCUGCGAGCAUGCUGAUGACGCCCAUCUUGUCCAGUCCGGCAGCUCCAACCUUGGCCCUGCCCGUCAAGCAAGAAGUCCCUGCGCCGCCGCCAGCAGCGUUGGAGGAACACGAGGCCAGCCACGUGCUGCUCCCGGGGAUCGGCCGUAUCCUGCCUUCCGCCGUCCCUUCUCUUUCGGCCUCGGACAGCCCCGGGUCGCCGGACUUGGCGUUCGGCACAGACUCCGGCCAGGCCGGCCUCCUUUCUGGCUUCUCCCAGCCCGAAAGCCUGACUCUGCCGCAGCAGCAGGUGGUCUGGUCCAAUCCGGUCAGCGUGGACCUCCAAGGGCCCAGCUCCACGGGACUGUUUGAGAUGGACAAGGGGUCCAUGGACGAACAGGGAAGCCUGCUUCAGCUCCCAGAGGCGGAAGGCCUCUUGCUGGACGCCUCCGGCGGCGACCCCAUGGAUCCCGAAGCACUUGACUCUGACGAGAAGGUACUGACCCAGCUGCAGUCGGUUCCGGUGGAAGAGCCUUUGGACUUGUAAAAACGAGUGGGCUCGAGCGGACCGGGUUGACGGGUGAACGUGGACUUCACCUCCUGCCUGUGGAACACCUUUCUUACCCAGAAUCCUUCAUUCUUGCUCCUGCCAGCUCUAUUUGGGAAUGUUACAAGUGCCUUCACCUUCCCUGGAUAUGUGUUCCGCAGGUUCCCCGCCCGCUCCCUUCGUUGAGGACCGUGACGACGUCUUUUUUUGCAGAGGGGGAACGAACACUACACUACAGCACAAAAACAUAGGGGAAAUUCCCUCACACCCACCCACCCACCCCUUAAUAACGUACGACAGCUUGACGAACGUCUGAAUGACACCGUGUGGUAGCUGGCACAGAACAAACGCACCCAGUUUCUACUGGUUUUAUUGGAAGGCUAAGAGCCUGUGGGACUAGGAAGCGCCACUUGGACCUCUUCGUCCGAGGGGCGGGGAGGGAAGGGGCAUUCUCCCUUCGUUCCCUGUUCCGCCUUUGCCGCUAUUAGAAAUCUUUCUAACGUCUUCCAGUUGGGACACCGCAUGCACAAUUAGGAAUCUCCUGUUAGCCUUUGCAGUGUGUGUGUGGGGGGGGGGGGGUGCACUUGUUAUUAGAUGGGGAACUUUCCUUUCCCCUUGAAUAUGGUGCUGGGGGGGGGGGGCUCAGUUGCUGAGUUGAGACUCGGACCCCUCUUCAAAGGGGCAAGGAGAAUCUCCAUAUUGUCUGAACUUGGCUCCUGUUUCUGCUAGAACGUGACCCGACUUGCCUUGCGGGAGGGAGCGCACGCUUGGUUCCUUAUCUGGUGUUUAGCCCUGUUAUCGGUGCGGUCUGAAAGAAUUGUGCGCCCCCCUCUCUGUACAAGCGUUUCAAACUGGCACUAAAAACCGAUGCGGUCCUGCAACAGGGAACAGUUGUGUUCAAUUCCUCCAGGGCAGAAAUUCCUGGCAAGGUCCCCCCACCCACCUCCACACACACACACACACACACACACUUCGCCUUUGUGGGCCAAGGUUUUGCUUCUCGAACAGCUGCCCAACAAAAAAAAUUAGCUCAGGAAAAGAGCAAAGGACAGGCAGGACAAAUUAGUCCUGUGAGGAACUUAGAUAGAUGAACAGCAAAGAAGUGUGUAAUACAGGGUGGGUCUGCUAUUUUCAGCAUUAAAGGUACAUACAAGAGUUGACGUUCGAUGCAGAUUUUCAGUUUAAGGCAGGGUAAAAUGAACUCCGUGCGCGUCAUAACUGCUGCCUAUAUUUGGAGUUGAAAGUGGAAACCAUACAAAUUGGGCGGGGGUGGGGUGGGGGGGGCCCCUGCUGCCUACGUGAUCUGCUUUUCAGGAUAUUGGAUGCAACUGCGUUUCCCCGUCCAAAUAGGAUUGCAGAGUUUUCAUUCCAAAUACAUUUCUCUCCAAGCCAGUGUUCUCUUAAAAACCUCCGGGCAAUAAAAUUCACAAGUGACCUGAUUUUUUUUUUUUUUUAAAAAAAGAAGAAACAUAUAUAUUUAAUCUAUUUUUUAGAAGAAAGCAUUAUAAAAUCCACUUUACCCCAAAAUCAUUUCGGUAACUCAGCCACAACUCUUAAAUCCCUUUUUUUUAUAUUUAAUGGUCUUUUUUUAUCAGAAGGAUUAAAAAAUGGGAGUUUUUUAUGUUUAAAAAAUUGUAUGAUGAUUUCUCACACUACAUCCAAAUGGAUUGUUGAGGGAUCUUGGGCAACAGAUGAAGUUGACGCGGUGUUAUUCGGCUCCUGGCGUGGAGUUCAAUGUGUUGACUCCAUCCCAGUUGUUGUCUGAACUUGAUUCUUUCCUUAAACGAAGCAAGUUUCCAAGAACGACUCUCCAUCCAUCGUAUCGUGACCUGGCUUCUUGAACCUUUUAUUUCACCCGUCUCUUCCAAAAGGACACCUUUUCUCUCCGGAAUGUCCAGAUCCACACCUUCCUCUGAAGCUAAGUACUUCACCCUAAUCAGAAAAGGCUGAGCGGAUGGAAGAAUUAACUAUCGACAGUUCUCAAUCACUUGGCAUGUUUCGUGAUAAAGAAACAGGAAUCCAUGUAGAUAGAAAUAACCUUGCAACCGGCAAUAAAAACGGAGUAGCCCUUUCUUCCCGCCGUGGUCUUCUCCACAAAUGGAAUUGCCGGAGUCUACCUGCUUUUCCCAGCCAGGUACUACAAUGACCACACCUUCCUCUCCAGCCUGUGAGGAACAAUCAUUUCUACAAGAUAUUUUUAUAUCUUUUUUUGUUUGUUUUUAAUGUGUAUUUGUGACUUUUAUAUAUAUAUUAUAUAUUAUAUAUAUAUAUUUUAUCCUAAAA